UGUUCUUUUAUAAUUUUCAAAGAGUAACCAGUUACCAGAACUAUAGUUUUGUUCUGUUGCUUUUUGGCAAUUAGUACAGUUAUAGUGGAUUAGUAUUUUGUUUGGAAGUCAAAAUACUACUUUAUUAUCAUUUGGCUAAUUUUAUGACAAAUAUCUUCACAUUUAGCACUACUUUCUUUAGGUAACAAACAUCUUACAUGUUCUAAAACCUAUUUUGAAUAUUAUCAAAAUCAUUUUUGCCCUAUCUAAAAAAGUAAAAUAUUAUUUGUUUCUCAGGCCAAAUGUGCUAAUUGUAUGCAGGAAAAAUGUGAGCAUUUAAUGUUACAUGUACACCAAAUGGUUUGUCCACCAGCGCUAGGUAACUUUAUAGGAUGAAUGUCCAUAUUUUUUUCUGACAGACUGUACAUGUAUUUGUAAAGGAAAAAUUGUUUAUUGUCGUGGAAGGUGGUUGCUUAAGGGGUUUUAAGUGAUCAAAGAAGAUCAAAGUAAAAAAAUACACAGUGUAUACUCAGAAAUAGUGUUUGUCUGUCUGUCUGUCUGUCUGUCUUUUUUCAAUUUUGUGUCCAUUCUGUAUGUUUUGAACUAAAUGAAGGAAAUUGAGUUUUACUUCUGUGAAGAAUUUAUAGGUGGAAAGAGAGCAGUAAAGAUAAUAUAAUAUAUUUUGAUACACAUUAUAGCUGAGUGUAAUGAUGAUGACUCAGAGAUAGAUGGCGCUCUUUUCUUUGCUGUAUGCCGAGGUAAAGUUAGUGAGGGGAUGGAUUUUGCUGAUGACAAUGCCAGAGCUGUCAUAACAGUAGGUAUACCUUAUCCGAGCUUUAAAGAUGUCCAGGUGAAACUUAAAAGAGAGUACAACGACAAACAUAAGAUUGAUAGAGGACUUCUAAGUGGAGGUGACUGGUAUGAAAUCCAGGCAUUUAGGGCCUUAAACCAGGCUCUAGGAAGGUGUAUAAGACACAGAAAAGACUGGGGAGCCUUGAUCAUAGUUGAUGAUAGAUUUGUAAAAAGAACAAAAAAAAUAUUGCAAGAAAGACCAGGAAAAAACAAAAAUUUAAUGUUAUUUUGUCAAGUAUACAAAGAUAUUAAGGGGAUUUUUAAUCAUAAUUAUCUAGUUACAUUGUAUAUUUUAUGUGUAUUAACAGGUUUGUCAAGAUGGGUAAGAUCCAAGGUACAGACAUUUAAUGUGUUCUCCGACUUUCUCACGUCCAUGUCAAACUUUACUGAGAAAAUGAUCAAAGAAAUGCCCAAAGUUAGUCCAGACACAUCAUUUAUUCCCUGUACACCAUGUGACGACAGAAGAGAUUCUGUUUAUAAGAGACAUUCACUAGAUAAUUCAUACUUGAAUACUACUAUACAGGCUUCACCUUAUUUCACAAGUCCACCAUUGAGUCAGUCUCCAGAUUUGCAAAAUCUAUUUAGAACUCCUGAAACCUCAAGCAAGAGAAGAUCAAUAACAAGCCCAUCUGUUCCAGUGUUUCCUGGAGUUACUUCCCCUACAAUACAGCAACAGGUGCUUACAGGAGUAACCUCCCUUAAUAUACAGCAGCAUAUUCUGAAUGUGAUUAAUUCAGGGACAGGACCAAAAGAUCAGCCAUAUUACAUUAUUGUAAACCAAGGGACAUCGAGUGAACAAACAUUUCUUAUAGAACCAAACAAACAUGGAGGCAAUCAGCAGAUGCCCGCCCAGAUGCCAUCAAUGGUUCCUCCGAUUGUACCCUUAACACAAGCUGCAGGUCAACAAGUGGUGUUGAACAUGCCUGGAACCAGUCAGCAUCAAACUAUUUUACUGACAAUGCCCCAACUUCCGGUGCAGGGAACCAACUUGCCACAGUCUGCCACUAUUCCGGGAACCAGUCUAAAAUCUGAUUUCAGGGGAGGUAAUCAGCUGGACAAAACAAAUUCCACAGAUGGUAUAAAAUCAGAAAAUGUGUCUAAAGAAGAAAAGAAAGCAGAUAUAGUGUUCACUCUUGGGUCAAGCACACUUAGUGCAGAAGAACAACUGAAGAAAUUUGUUAGUUCAAGUCAAGCUCCACGAAAUCAGGCCUACUAUGUUGUUGUUAAUAAAGGGGAGACAAAUGAGAGGGCAUUCUUUAUUGAACCAAACAAAAAAGGAAAAUCUAAACCUAACACGGAAAAGAAAAUUGAAGCAGAGAAAACUGAUGACAGACUAGUUAAAACACUAGAUCCAGUCAAAACAGAGCGGGACAAAAAACCAGUCAAAGUAGAACAGGAAGUGGUAGUGCCUGAUUCUUCUACAGGAGAUCCAGAAACUCAGAACAAGUUCCUAAAAUUUUGCCAGCUUCCAAAAACCCCAGCUAAAGUCCCAGUGGCAGCUGUUACACCUCAGAGACAAUCUGAACAGGAAAUCAAAACAGAAACUAUUGACUCUGUGAAAAUAGAGCCAGGUAGUCUCCCACAAACUAUGUCAAAAACUUCACACAAUCCUCAAACUACAUCAACAUCUAGACAGGUACAGCCUGCAUGUACAUCACCUGUACUCUUUGAAGAUGGCCAGACUGAUGGACCAGCUCCUGACAGUGUAAUUAAAAUAAAUAACCUUGCUGAAUUAGAUAAAGAACAUAGCAUGAAGAAGAAACCAAUUUUCAAAAAAAAGGAUUCGCUUUCUACAAAAACACUAAAAUCUCAGAUUGACGACUGUAAGGGAACAUCAAAAGAUGGAGAUAGUAAUAUUGAUGGAGAAAUUAAUAUUAAUGAAGUAAAUGAUGUUAAAAAGAUAAUGCUGAUGAUUUUAAAGAAGAGAGUAAAGGUGGAGGAAGGAUUAAGUCUACAACAAGAGGGAAGGUAG